AUGGGCUUCAGGCCUACUCAGGCCUACUCCCGCGAAUCUGCGGCGCGACUUGUUGCCAUGAGCGCGUUUCCGGUGGAGGAGGGCAGCUGGAGAAGGACUGCUCUGUUGACCGUCGCCCGGGUCCAAAACGUCAUGCCCCUGCCUCUGCUGGAAACCGCUAUGGAUGCCCCUCCUCGGGCCAAGAGUUCCAAUUUUUGCCCCUCCGCCACUCCCACGGAUCGUCGGAAGCACGCUCCUGCUCAAGAAUUCCCCUUGAAGGAGAGCGGCAGGCCGCAAGCCAAAGACCUCUCGAUCUUUCAGUACUCAGUUGGCCAGAAGGAUCUUCUGCGAGCGGCUUUAAAGCAAAAAGCCCAGAAUGGUCCCGUUCCUAAAGAAGUAAAGGUGCAGCUUUUAGAAGACGUCUGUCCCGGGAAGGACACUCCUGCAGCUCAGCAGCUGGGGCCUUCACCGGCUGGAAUGGAUUCGGCUACAACCGUGGCUGCGGCCACAGCCGCUGCCAUAGCCACUGCCGUCCCUCUGAUCAGAGUACAGAGUGACCUGGAAGCCCAAGUGAAUUCCGUGUCCGAGCUGCUCCGCAAACUGCAGGAGACGGACAGGCGACUCCAGCGAGCGGCAGAGCGGCAGGCCGGCGUUCCGGAGCGACGGCGGGAGCGGGAUGGUUUGCGGGACCUGGAGGAGCAGAGGAGAGAGGAGCAGCACCUCAGGCUCCUGGAAAAGUUGCAGCAGCAGCAACUCGAUAUUCAGACUCAUUUAAUCAGGUCUGCGUUCCAGACAAGCAGCGGGCCCAAUUUGCCGCCUGCCGCUGUGCCUCCUCCUGCACCCUUGGAAAGGUAUCCCUUGGAAAAGUAUACCGUGGAAUCGGAAUCUCGGCGGCCGCUUAGCAACUUCUCCGCUGCACAAUCCGGACCAGAAGUUACUGCUCCUUCUGCAGGGUAUCCGAGACAAAUGGAAGGCUUGGGGCGUGACAGACUCAAGUCCCCUCUCGAGACCCCCGCGCCUCGCAGAUAUGCUCCCGUUCCAGCUUCAAGAGAUGCUAAAGUUUCCUGGAGGGAGCACCCGGCAGCGGAAAAAGAAAAUUUGCACACUCCAACACCUAGAGGUGGUAUGAGGUUGCUAGAAGAAAUUCUGAAUAAUCCAGACUCUUCCGAGAAGACCGCAUUAAGCAAACCAAAGCUAGGAUGCUAUCCUGAGCGCAGUGGGUGCAGAGAACAAAGCAGGGCUGCCACUCAGCAAGCUAAAUCGUUUCCUUCCUGCGAAGAAUUUGGAGCUGCCAGUAGAACAGUGGAGAAAGCCAAUGACGUUCUUCGGGAUCUUAGCCAACUGAAGAAAGAGAUGAAUGGCAUAUUACAGGAAGCCAAGCUGUGGAAAUCAGAUAUGAAGGAUUUUAUUAAGCAAAAGGACUGUCCCGAUCCCUCUCGCCGUCCUGACGCCGUCCUGGAACCUCAGAGUCCAAGCCGAUUCCAGAGCACCCAAGCCCCAAAGUCCAUCGUGAAGGAAGCGGCGAGGAUCUUGAAAGGCGUGCAGAACAAUCGGAAGGUCUUGGAAGAAAACCUGGAGGCCAUCAUCCAGGCCAAAGACGGCACGGCCAUGUACUCCCUCAUCAGCGCAUUGGCGGCCAACAGUGAUGCAGUGGACGCAGUUCGCAUUAGAAAGACGGUGGAUGAGUGGAUUAAAGCCAUGAGUGUGGAAAUUCAGGAUGAAAUGGCAAGAAACGAUGAACAAAAGAAAUUGGAUCAAAAGACUGAAAGGGUAUCUUUGGCUAAGAAAACCCAGAUCCUGCAGCAUAGCAAGGUGAAGAAGAAAGUCAAAGCAGACCCUCCAGGCAAAACUGGAUUUUCAGGUCCUUAUCCUCAGAAUCAAACCGAGAACAGAGCUGGCCGUCAGAAUCGGAGAGGCUUCUCCGUCUCUGAGAAUUCACAGAAAAGGGAAGAAAGAAACGAGGGCCUUCUGAAGCCAGCCGCGGCGGAUCAGAGAGAGGACCACCUGACCCACGUGUACGGGAAACCCGUUUACCAGGGCCAUCGGAGCACUCUUAAAAAAGGACCCUACCUCAGGUUCAAUUCACCGCCUCCCAGAUUCAAACCUCAGAGACCCAGAGUAGUAGAACGCCUGAAGGGGACCAGGGUGAGGUCAGCAAAAACGCAAACCAGCUCUCACCCACCAAGAGCUGCGGUGAUGAGUCUGAGGAGGCAGCGAGCCCUCUCCACGCCACGACUCCAAGAGCAGCAGUAUCUCUUCAGCCCCAGCAGAGAAAUGACUUCUCUGACGGGGGCACUUGAAGGUCAGCUGAUCCCCAUGGCUGUACCUUUAGGGAAGACCCAGAGCGAUAGAGUUUCUCCACAGCCCAUUGGAGUAUUGAUCGGCAAACCGCACCCCGUCACCGUGACUACCUCUAUCCCUCCAUCAGUCCCCAAGCCACAGUUCACGGUCAAGAAACCCAACGUAGCAGUGGUCACGGUGAAAUCUCAAAAAAAGGAUCCUCCUCAACUCACCGUGCAGGUGUUACCCAAUGUCGAUAUCGAUAGCAUCUCCAACGGCAGCAUGGAGGCAAGCGAGAUGUCCCACGGCCCGGAAGCAGCACUGGAUUCCGUACACAUCCACACCCAGGCCCCAGAAUUCAGUCAACAUGAAGAUGAUCUUCACUUUCCAGGAACUAACGUUGAUGAAAUUAUUCAACUCAAUCAGGAUCUGGAAAUAGAGGAUGAGGUUCCACCCUGCGCCGAGCCCAUCCUGGAACUGGAGAAUUGCUCGCGGGUUCUCGCUCGGCAGUAUGAAGGCCCUCCGUUCCCGCCUGUCGCUUCCGCCCCGCAGCCCUCUGCCGAUAUUCUGGAUCGAGUGAUCGAGAGAAAAGAGACUCUCGAAAACAAGCUGAUCAACUGGGUGGAGCAAGAAAUUAUGGGCAGAAUUAUCAGUGGGCUGUAUCCCCUCCGGCAGCUGCCGGUGGUGCCUCAUGUCAGUCAUUCUGAGAGCGAGGAAAGUGAAGCCUUACCCUCUGACACUGCCCAGAUGGCGGGCGGCGGGGGAGUCCAGCUGUUUAUCGACGCCGGUUUGCCCGUGAGCUCCGACACCAUCAGUCAGUUUGUGACCGAAGCCCUGGCGGAGACCGUCGCCGCCAUGCUGGGCGCCCGCGAGACCCGGCGGCCGGCUGCCGUCGCCGCGGGCACCUCUUGGACUCCAAGAUGGGAUUCUUCCCUGCCCACGCCAGUGGCCACUCCACAGCCCACCCCUCCUCCUUCCCAUUCCCAGUCUCCGUCCUCCCAGGAAAAAGAGUCUUCUCCAGUGAAAACUCCAGAAUUGUCUCCCUGCCCUUCGGAGCAGGGCGGGGUUAUCCCUUCGCAGGAACAAGCGGCAGAAUCAGUCGGUACGCCCACCGUGACCCCCGCCGCUACUCCUCCCAGAGAAGCGACUCCGGCCCCUCCUCCGACGGAACGUUCCUCGGCGAGCCCGGCGAUGCCCAUCUCAGAGGCCCCCAAGCCAUGGGGAGACGUGGACCUCUCCUUGGACAAAGAGAACCCUAGCUCCUUUAGAGAGGAACCUCUCUACCCAAGAUCAGUUGUAAUGUCUGUGGCAAAAGAGGAAGAACCGGAGAACUUGAUCUUCCCUGCCCCCCGGGAUGUGGUUCUAGUGAAUCCCCCUCCCGUUGGGCCCGGAACGCCCUCCCCAGCACCCGUCCCCAGUUCUUCUCCAUCAACCCAAGACAGCAGCUCGAGCACCUCCGUCACCGAGUCCGAAACUCUCGACAGGCCCAUCUCCGAGGGAGAGGUCAUUUUCGGCAACGAACAUAUAGUGGCAGCCCGAGCUGUGGCCGAGGAGGAACUGUCUUUGACCAACCUUAAUGACAGCUCUGCCAGCACUCUGCACGAUGCCCACGAAGUGGAAGACGACCCUCCCAGUGAAGGACAAGUGAUUAAGAGGCCUCAUAAGGGAUACCAUCGAGAUCCUAUUCUCUCACUUCUGACCAAGCUCAACCAGGGACCGGUCGUUUCACAGCAGGCAGUCUGUCAUUUGGAGGACUCGGAGAACAGUAUAGGGGAGCUCAGCGAAGGCCAGAGACCUCGACUGACAGCGGCGGCAGAAAGCCUUUUGACGGGAGGGUCGCUCCACGUGCAUCCGCCCACCGUCGCUAGAUCGUGGGGGGAUCUACCUUGGAAAGUCAACCGAGUCACAGGAGAAGUCCUCGGCUAUCCGGAUGCCAGUCGCGGUCCAAUGAGCCUCGGCGAACUGGAGUCGCAGCCGCAUUCAAACCUUCCUCCUCCUCCUCCUCCUCCCACUUCUGCUCCACUUCCUCGUGCUCCUCAGCCCACGUGCGGAAGCGAGAUUGACUUGCCAGAUGAGCCGCAAGAGUCUUCCCAGAAGAAGCAGGAGAAGAAAAUCCAGCCGAUUCUACCAGCCGAGCAGAAAUCAAUACAAACCCGUGUCAUUCGUGUGAGAAAUCGAUCUGAAACUUCACUGUCACACCUACGAGGAGAUCUGGAUCGGACACCCGUGGAGCCUAACAUCCAUCUCAGGCCUUUUCUGGCAGGUGGGGAAGCUAUGCCGCACUUAAUCUCCCAGGCCCCGGCUGCCAAGUUGACCACGACUCUUCCACCGGCAGACGUGGACGACGGUUCUGUGAGCAUCAGUACCGGGGACGGGAACUCGUCGGGGGCAGAUACAUUUUAGCCACGCCUCAGUCAUCCCCGUUGCCCAAAUAAAGCCACAGGGGCCUUCUUCGCCCCCUUCAUUUACCAGACUA